AUGAUUGGACUUAGUAUACCAAUCAUCGUACCAAAUGCUCAAUUAAUAAUACUAAUAGGUUUUUGUACAGUUGAACUUUGUACUGGUGCUUAUCGGCCAUCAAUCGGUUUAUUAAGAAGUGAAUACAUUCCAAAUGAAGUUCGAUCAACAACUAUGAAUUAUAUUCGAAUUCCACAACUUAUAUUAAUCAUUCUAAUUUUAUCAUUUCAUUUUUCACUGACCAUUAUUUUUUGUAUUGCUGUUAGUAUGAUGUUUUUGGCAACAAUAUGUUUAAUUAUAUUAAAAGAUAUGAAAGCACCAGUACAAAAAGCAGAUCUUAGUAAAACAAAAGUAUCUGUAGGUCAACCACCAGCACCAUUAUACAUGACGGAGCAAUCUCAAAUCAAUGUAACAGAUAUAAAUUCCCAGCUGAAAAAAUAA